AUGGCAAUAGUUGAUGCAAAUUUGAAUUUUGUUGUAAUCGAUGUUGGUUCAUAUGGUCGUGAAGGGGACUCUAAUGUGUUCAAGGAGUGUGCAUUUGGUAAACAAUUAUAUGAAGGUAAAUUGAACAUACCAGAACCAGUUACUUUACCAAAUACAAGUACCAACCCACAACCGUAUGUGUUUAUUGGAGAUGAAGCAUUUGCUUUACAUGCAAACUUACUUAGACCGUACCCUGGACGUAACCUUACUGAUUCCCGAAGAGUGUUCAACUACCGAUUAUCCAGAGCAAGGCGCACAGUCGAAUGUGCAUUUGGAGUACUCGCAAAUAAAUGGCGUGUUUUACAUACGGCUAUUCAGGUGGAGCCAGAUUUUACGGAUGACAUUAUAAAAGCAUGUUGCGUACUGCACAACUUUGUUCGUAAAAGAGAUGGUAUAAAUUAUGAAGAUUCUGAAACCCACAACUUAGAAGAUAUUGAAGCUCGUGGAACAGGGACUCGUUCGCAUGGAGUUGAAGUGAGGGAUUACUUUGCCAACUACUUUAUGGGUCCAGGAGCAGUAGAUUUUCAAUAUGACAUGAUUUGA